AUGGUGCAGAUUUCAGAUAAAAAUUAUGACCAAAGAACUAUUGUCAAAUCGGAAAAAGUUGAAUUUUCAACUCUCAUGAAGGAGGAUUGGAAUAAAACAAGGAACUUUGGCUGUGCAAAAAAACUUUGUUUUAAUAAAUUUUCCCGAAUCGAUUUAACUAUUUGCUUCUACAAGUUGAGAGAAGCGCCUGCAAAAUCGCGGUAUGCGAUGAAAUCUUCGAGCGGACAAAAUCUUCCUCUGCAACUGAAAUAUGAUUUGGAAAAUGCGACAUUCUCAUCUGAGCAAGAACCAAGUACAAACACCUCAACGCAAAAUAAUACUGUAGAAAUGUCCACUUUGGACGUAAAUUCUUCGGCAUCACAAUUUGAAUCAUUCGACAGUGAUUCCUCAGAAAGCGAGUCAGUAGAAAUGGAAACAGUCUCAACAUAUCAGCCAACAACGAUGGAGACAGUCUCAACGCAUGAGACAACAAGGCUCGCCGACACCAUGCAAGCAACACUUGGAUGCUCAAAAUCGAACAUUACUGUUAAAGUGCAGGAAAGAGUUCUUGCGCGUCAUAAAACAUAUAGGUCAACACUUGAAUAUGUCAUCGCAAAAAUGCAUGGAUAUCUGCCGGAUGAAAGAAGAGAAUUGAAAUGGAAUUGUUCUUUGGAAGAAUCAGCACAACUUUGGGCAAACGAUUGCUCGUGGGCACAUUCCAGCGCCGCUUUAGAGAACAAAAUU